GAGGAGGAGGAAGAGGAGGGGGGGCGGAACACAAAACCUGCGAGGUUUUUUUUUUCCGUUUGCAUUUAAUUAAAAAAAAUUUUUUUUGCAUACCCGAGGGACGCUCCCCGGCGCGGGCGCGGGCCCGGGGCGCGCGGGCCUGGGCGCGGGGCGGCGGCGAGGGCCCGGCGGCGGCUGCGGAGCGGCCGCCAUGCGAUCAGGCACUGCGCUGACCGGCCCGGCCGGCCGGCCCCUUCUGGGUCCUCCCUUUGCAGCCCGUGCGGGGCCGUCUCGGAGACCCCGCGCCGACGGCUGCUCAAACAUCAGGCUGGCCCCCAAGAGGACUCUCUCCAAGUCCCCAGCUGGGGGCCCCGCGUAGACCUGGAGUGGACACGCCCCUCCUUCCCUUCAUGAUUCGUUUGUAGCGCAGUGGCGAUGGAUGAUGAGGAUGGGAGAUGCUUACUAGACGUGAUUUGUGACCCACAGGCCCUCAAUGACUUCUUGCAUGGAUCCGAGAAGCUCGACAGUGAUGACCUCCUGGAUAAUCCUGGCGAAGCCCAAAGUGCCUUCUAUGAAGGUCCUGGGCUCCACGUGCAAGAAGCUUCUGGCAACCACCUGAACCCAGAGCCCAACCAGCCAGCCCCCAGUGUGGACCUAGACUUCCUGGAAGAUGACAUCCUGGGCUCUCCUGCGACAGGGGGCGGCGGCGGGGGCGGUGGGGGCGCUGACCAGCCCUGUGACAUCCUCCAGCAGAGCCUCCAAGAAGCCAACAUCACGGAGCAGACGCUGGAGGCUGAGGCUGAGCUGGACCUGGGUCCCUUCCAGCUGCCCACCCUGCAGCCUGCAGAUGGCGGGGCAGGCCCGACAGGCGCUGGAGGGGCAGCGGCUGUGGCUGCGGGGCCCCAGGCCCUCUUCCCGGGCAGCACUGACCUCCUGGGGCUGCAGGCCCCCCCUACUGUGCUGACCCACCAGGCCCUGGUGCCGCCCCAGGACGUGGUCAACAAGGCCCUGAGCGUCCAGCCCUUCCUGCAGCCUGUGGGCCUGGGCAACGUGACCCUACAGCCCAUCCCGGGCCUCCAGGGCCUGCCUAAUGGCAGCCCUGGGGGUGCCACGGCAGCCACGCUGGGCCUGGCGCCCAUCCAGGUGGUGGGCCAGCCUGUCAUGGCGCUCAACACGCCCACCUCCCAGCUCCUGGCCAAGCAGGUGCCCGUCAGCGGCUACCUGGCCUCGGCGGCCGGCCCCUCAGAGCCCGUGACCCUGGCGUCAGCCGGCGUUUCACCGCAGGGGGCUGGCCUGGUCAUCCAGAAGAACCUCCCUGCUGCCGUGGCCACCACGCUUAAUGGGAACUCUGUGUUCGGAGGCGCGGGGGCCGCCUCAGUGUCCAGUGGGGCACCCACGGGACAGCCGCUGGCGGUGGCCCCCGGCCUGGGUUCCUCACCACUGGUCCCAGCGCCCAACGUGAUCCUGCAUCGCACGCCCACGCCCAUCCAGCCCAAGCCCGCGGGGGUGCUACCCCCCAAGCUCUACCAGCUGACACCCAAGCCGUUCACGCCCGCGGGCGCCACGCUCACCAUCCAGGGCGAGCCGGGGGCGCUCCCGCAGCAGCCCAAGGCUCCUCAGAACCUGACGUUCAUGGCGGCGGGGAAGGCAGGCCAGAACGUGGUGCUGUCGGGCUUCCCCGCGCCCGCACUGCAGGCGAACGUCUUCAAGCAGCCGCCGGCCACCACCACUGGUGCUGCCCCGCCGCAGCCCCCCGGGGCCCUGAGCAAGCCCAUGAGCGUUCACCUCCUGAACCAAGGCAGCAGCAUCGUCAUCCCCGCCCAGCACAUGCUGCCGGGCCAGAACCAGUUCCUGCUGCCCGGCGCACCCGCGGUCCAGCUACCGCAGUCUCUCUCAGCCCUGCCGGCCAACGUGGGCGGGCAGAUCCUGGCAGCCGCUGCCCCCCACACGGGAGGACAGCUCAUCGCAAACCCCAUCCUCACCAACCAGAACCUGGCAGGCCCGCUGAGCCUGGGCCCCGUGUUGGCCCCCCACUCCGGGGCUCACAGCGCACACAUCCUCUCCGCCGCCCCCAUCCAGGUGGGCCAGCCUGCGCUCUUCCAGAUGCCCGUGUCGCUGGCCGCGGGCAGCCUGCCGACACAGAGCCAGCCAGCACCCACUGGGCCAGCUGCCACCACAGUCCUCCAGGGGGUCACCCUGCCUCCCAGCGCCGUGGCCAUGCUCAACACCCCUGACGGCCUGGUGCAGCCGACUACCCCUGCCGCCGCCACCGGGGAGGCCGCGCCGGUCCUCACGGUGCAGCCUGCCCCCCAGGCGCCCCCCGCGGUCAGCACACCCCUGCCCCUGGGUCUCCAGCAGCCGCAGGCGCAGCAGCCUCCGCAGGCCCCCACCCCACAGGCCGCCGCCCCGCCUCAGGCCACAACCCCCCAGCCCAGCCCCGGCCUGGCAUCUAGCCCAGAGAAGAUCGUCCUGGGGCAGCCGCCCUCUGCCGCCCCCACGGCCAUCCUCACUCAGGACUCCCUGCAGAUGUUCCUGCCCCAGGAGAGGAGCCAGCAGCCCCUCUCCGCAGAGGGCCCCCACCUCUCCGUGCCUGCCUCGGUCAUAGUCAGCGCCCCGCCUCCCGCCCAAGACCCAGCCCCGGCCACCCCGGUCGCCAAAGGAGCUGGCCUCGGCCAUCAGGCUCCCGACGGCCAGGCUUCCCCGGCUCCGGCCCCCCAGAUCCCAGCAGCGGCUCCACUGAAGGGCCCAGGCCCCUCUUCGUCCCCGUCACUACCUCACCAGGCCCCUCUGGGGGACAGCCCCCACCUACCCUCCCCACACCCUGCUCGGCCCCCUUCCCGUCCACCCUCCCGGCCCCAGAGCGUGUCCCGCCCUCCCUCGGAGCCAGCCCUGCACCCUUGCCCUCCACCCCAGGCCCCCCCCACUCUGCCUGGCAUCUUUGUCAUCCAGAACCAGCUGGGCGUUCCCCCACCUGCUAGCAACUCGGCCCCUACUGCUCCAGGUCCACCCCAGCCACCUCUCCGCCCCCAAUCCCAGCCGCCUGAGGGACCGCUGCCUCCAGCCCCCCACCUCCCUCCAUCCUCCACAUCUUCCACCGUGGCCGCCUCCUCGGAGACAUCCACCAGGUUGCCAGCCCCUGUGCCAUCUGACUUCCAGCUCCAGUUCACACCCAGCCAGGUGCCCCACAAGUCCCCCACCCCCCCUCCAACCCUCCACCUGGUCCCUGAGCCAGCAGUGCCCCCCCCACCACCUCCUCGGACCUUCCAGAUGGUGACCACCCCCUUCCCAGCGCUGCCCCAGCCGAAGGCUCUUCUCGAGAGAUUUCACCAGGUGCCGUCCGGAAUCAUUCUCCAGAACAAGGCUGCGGGGGCUCCUGCCACCCCACAGACCUCCACCAGCCUGGGGCCUCUCACCAGCCCCACUGCUUCUGUGCUGGUCAGCGGGCAGGCCCCAUCCGGGACCCCCACCACCCCCAGCCACGCCCCCGCCCCGGCACCCAUGGCCACCACAGGCCUCCCCCCUCUGCUUCCGGCCGAGAACAAGGCUUUUGCCAGCAACCUCCCGAGCCUGAAUGUGGCCAAGGCUGCUUCAUCCGGGCCAGGGAAGCCCUCCGGGCUGCAGGCUGGAGGGGAAGCGGGUCAGGGCGCAGAGGGAAGGCUUCUCCGAGGCAAAGGCCUCUCACUCACCCUUCUUCCACAGUACGAGAGCAAGCUGAGUGGCCUGAAGAAGCCCCCCAUGCUUCAGCCCAGCAAGGAAGCCUGUUUCCUGGAGCAUUUGCACAAACACCAGGGCUCCGUCCUGCACCCCGACUACAAGACGGCCUUCCCCUCCUUUGAGGAUGCGCUGCAUCGCCUCCUCCCCUACCACGUCUACCAGGGCACCCUCCCCUCCCCCAAUGACUACCACAAAGUGGACGAGGAGUUUGAGACGGUCUCCACGCAGCUGCUGAAACGCACCCAGGCCAUGCUCAAUAAAUACCGGCUCCUGCUCCUGGAGGAGUCCCGGAGGGUGAGCCCCUCAGCGGAGAUGGUAAUGAUCGACCGAAUGUUCAUUCAGGAGGAGAAGACCACCCUUGCCUUGGAUAAACAGCUGGCCAAGGAGAAGCCAGACGAGUAUGUGUCUUCUUCCCGCUCGCUCGGCCUCCCUGUGACAGCCUCUUCCGAGGGUCAUAGGCUCCCCGGCCACGGCCCCCCGUCGUCCUCGGCUCCCGGGACCUGCGCCCAGCCCCCUCCGCACCUGCCCACCAAGCUCGUGAUCCGGCACGGCGGGGCAGGCGGCUCCCCUUCGGUCACCUGGGCCAGGGCGUCCUCCUCCCUGUCGUCCUCCUCCUCCUCCUCCUCCUCUGCCACCUCCUCCCUGGACGCCGACGAGGACGGCCCCAUGCCUUCCCGCAACCGUCCGCCCAUCAAGACCUACGAGGCCCGGAGCCGCAUUGGACUCAAGCUCAAGAUCAAGCAGGAAGCCGGGCUCAGCAAGGUCGUGCACAACACGGCCCUGGACCCCGUGCACCAGCCCCCACCACCCCCAGCCGCUCUCAAAGUGGCCGAGCCCCCGCCGCGGCCCCCGCCGCCCCCGCCUCCCACGGGCCAGAUGAACGGCACCGUGGACCACCCGCCGCCCACCGCCCCCGAGCGCAAGCCCCUGGGCACCACCCCGCACUGCCCGCGCCUGCCGCUGCGCAAGACCUACCGCGAGAACGUGGGGGACCCCGGCGCCCAGGAAGGGGUGCCCGCGGGCAGGGCGCGGGGAGGCAGCCCAGCCCCACUGCCAGCCAAAGUGGACGAGGCCACCAGCGGGCUCAUUCGCGAGCUGGCGGCCGUGGAGGACGAGCUGUACCAGCGCAUGCUCAAGGGCGCCCCUCCGGAGCCCGCAGCCAGCGCCGCCCAGGGCACCGGGGACUCUGGCUGGGAGGCUCCCACGCUGCCCCCUGCCAAGCGGCGCAAGUCCGAGUCGCCUGACGUGGACCAGGCCAGCUUCUCCAGCGACAGCCCACAAGAUGACACGCUCACCGAGCACCUGCAGAGCGCCAUCGACAGCAUCCUGAACCUGCAGCAGGUCCCCGGCCGGACACCCGCGCCCCCGUACCCCCACGCCGCCCCGGCCGGCACACCUGCCUCCCCGCCGCCCCUGCACAGGCCCGAGGCCUACCCGCCCUCCAGUCACAACGGUGGCCUCGGUGCCAGGACGUUGACCAGAUAACACCGGGCCGGCUUCCCUUCCCCUCCUCUCCUCCUGCAGACGUCGCCAGGACAGCGGCGCGUCCGCCCCCAGCCUCCUGCAGACUCGAGCCGGGGAUCCCCUAACGGUUUUUCUUGCCUAAGUUAUUUGAGUCACAAAGGCCUCCUUCCCCGCCGCCUGCUUCUGCUGGGUGGCUGGGGGCUGGGCACGGCGGCGUGGAUUUCGGGGAAGGGCUGUGCUGCCAAACGUCCCCCCUGCCAGAGGAGGGGCAAAUCGGUGUGUCCGUUCCUGUGUCUUCCCACUUCCUGGCACACUGCCCCUCUGUCCGGGGUACAUGCGCGCGUGUUUGCCAGGGAUGGGGCCGCCAGGUUGAUGCCAACGCUCCGGGUGCCUGUCUUGUCCGUGUGGCUUCGCUGAUGGUGGAGGGCGCUGGGAGCUGGCAGGGUCCUUCCAGACAGGCUCCGCUUCUCCCCACCGCCCCCAACAGGCCGUUAAACAAAACCAGAGAGGGGGUGGGGGAGCCAGCCUCCCUGGCUGUGCCCGCAGGCACCCGUGUGACAUGCGCACGUCCAGCACAUGACCUGUGUCCCCCCCAUGUGUGUGUGUGUGCGCGCUCGCGUGCAAGUGAGUGAGAAAUUUCGAACGCUCCCAUCCCUCGACUUUGAAAUCUGAGCAAAACAAGAAAUUGGGGUCUUCCUCUCCCCCGACACCCUCCCCAGCCAGUCUUCCCUCUGUUCUUCCUGCCUCCAUCCACCCGCGCCAGGUUUUGAAAUCUCGGAGACAAAACUAGUACUGUAAGAUAAAGUUUUUUGUACUGUAUUUAUUGUGUAUAACGAUUUUUUUAAAGGAGAAUUCUGUACAUUUAGAACUCUUGUAAAUUAAAAACCAAUCCUUUUUUUAAAACUGUA